AUGCCUGAUAAAAUGGCUGAUAAAAAAAUUGGUCCACUGGACAUAACUCUUGUUGUUGUACUCGUGAUUGCGGUUGUGGCAAUUGCCGUGACCGUACCAAUCGUUCUUUUAACUCGAUCAACAACAGAACCCUCAACUGUUUCCGUGCCCACUAGUUCAUCUGCCUUGUUGUCAACGACGACAAUCUCUUUGACAGUCUCAACAACAGUAAGCAUCGGUUCGACUACCACAAAAACAACAGAGGCUGUUGCUUCAACAGUCACAGCAACAACAGUGAGCAUCGCUUCAACAGUCACAACAACAACAGCAGGUAUACCUUCAACAGUCACAACAACAAUAGCAGGUACCAAUUCAGCAGUAACAACAACAACAAUAGCUGAUAUCCCUUCAACAGUCACAACAACAAUAGCAAGCGUCUCUUCAAUAGUCACAACAACAAUAGCAAGCGUCUCUUCAAUAGUCACAAAAACAACAACUGAUGUAACUUCGACAGUAGAUUCUACUACAGCAGAGUCGACGGUAAUACUCAAUAUUUCAGCCGAUGCCCGAUGGAUACAGAAUGGAACGACCGUGGCUGGAGGCCACGGUAGCGGUAGUGCCACCAAUCAACUCCAAGGCCCUGAAGGUCUCUUCGUGGAUGAUAAUCAAACAGUGGUCAUUGCUGACUUGGGCAAUCAUCGUAUCAUCCAAUGGAAAAUGGGCGAUACGAAUGGACAAGUGGUAGCUGGUGGCAAGGGCCAAGGAAAUCAAUUAGAUCAACUUUGCGGACCAAGCGAUGUGUUGAUUGACAGAGUGAUGAAUAAUUUGAUUAUUUGUGAUCAAAGAAAUCAACGAGUAGUACAAUGGUCUCGUCGUAGUGGCACAACUGAAGGAGAAAUUCUCAUCGACAACAUCAAGUGUUGGGGACUGGCCAUGGACGAACAAAGAUAUCUCUACAUCUCUGACACAGAUAAACACGAAGUAAGACGAUAUCAGAUAGAAGACAAGAAUAGCACUAUUGUGGCUGGUGGUAAUAAUCGAGGAAAUGCCCUUGAUCAACUCGACUGGCCAUCCUACGUCUUUGUCGAUCUACAACAGUCUGUGUACGUGUCAGAUAGGAAUAAUCAUCGUGUGAUGAAAUGGGAUAAAGGUGCACAAGAAGGAAUUGUCGUUGCUGGGGGUCAAGGUGAAGGAAAUGCUCUGACACAAUUGAACUGGCCAAAGGGAGUGUUCAUCGAUAUAUUGGAUACUAUCUAUGUGACAGACGAUAAAAAUAAUCGAGUGAUGCGUUGGCCUAAAGGAGCCACCCAGGGCAUCGUUAUUGUAGGUGGAAAUGGUGACGGAGAAGGAGCGAAUCAAGUCAAAGGUCCUCAAGGUUUAUCCUCCGAUCGAGGUGGCAAUCUCUAUGUCACCGAAUGGGGAAAUAACCGUGUUCAACGAUUUUCUAUCGAAUAG